AUGGCAUCCGCUGUGAAGGGAAAGAUCCUGGCUGUCAUUGGAGACGAGGACACCGUCGUCGGCUUCUUGCUCGGUGGUGUUGGAGAGCUCAACAAGGCUCGCAAGCCCAACUACUUGAUCGUCGACAAGCAGACGACCAUUCAGGAGAUCGAGGACGCUUUCAAGGGAUUCUGCGCUCGCGACGACGUCGCCAUCAUUCUCAUCAAUCAGCACAUCGCCGAGAUGAUCCGUUACGCUGUCGAUCAACACACUCAAUCCAUUCCAGCUGUGCUCGAAAUCCCAUCCAAGGAGGCUCCAUACGACCCGUCCAAGGACUCCAUCCUCAACCGCGCUCGUGGACUCUUCAAUCCAGAGGAUUUCCGAUAA